CUGUUUGCUGUUUUGAACUCCGUGACAGAAUUCAUAAAUGGCUGAGGAGGUUUUAAUUCCAUCGUCAGGGCUAGUCACAUCGCACCUGACCAGUUCUCUGUUGGCAGUAGCAUUCCUAACCUCCUUUGGGAGCUCCAUGCUUUAUGGCUACAAUCUGGCCGUGGUCAACUCCCCUGCUGUGUACAUAAAGGACUUCUACAACAAGACAGUGGUGAGUCGUAAUGGAACAGGCCUCAGUGGAGAGACCCUGACCCUCAUGUACUCUCUCACUGUGUCUGUCUUCGCGAUUGGAGGUCUGCUGGGUUCCCUCAUUGUGGGCAUGCUGGUCACUCGCUUUGGCAGGAAAGGCACAGUGAUAAACACGACUGUGCUGGUGUUUAUUGCUGGCUCAUUCAUGGGCUUCAGCAGGAUAUGUGGUUCACCUGAGAUGGUCAUCUUUGGCCGCUUCAUCACGGGCAUUCACUCAGGCAUCUCUUUGAGUGUCGUACCAAUGUACUUAGGUGAGAUAGCACCUAAGAACCUGAGGGGCUUCCUCGGUCUUGUGCCCAGUAUCUUUAUUGGCACUGGGGUCUUUGCUGCCCAAAUCCUUGGCCUGCACGAGCUCCUAGGAAAGGAGGAGCACUGGCCCCUCUUCCUCUCAGUGGUGGUGGUACCCACUUUCAUCCAGUUGAUGCUGUUGCCAUGGUUCCCAGAGAGUCCUAGGUACCUGCUGAUUGAGAAGCACAACGUCCACGCCACCAUCACAGCUCUAAAGUGGUACAGAGCCAAGUGUAACAUCCAGGCUGAGAUUGAGGAGAUGCAGGAGGAGCAGCGCUCCUUGUCGUCAGUGGAAACGCUGUCAGUAUGGAAACUGUUACUGGAUGACACAGUGCGCUGGCAAGUGCUGAGUGUGGUGGUCAUCAACAUCGGCAUGCAACUGUCCGGCAUCGAUGCUAUUUGGUUCUAUACCAAUGACAUCUUUAAGAAUGCAGGUAUUCCAGCUCCAGAGAUCCAGUAUACCACAGCAGGAACAGGAAUUAUAGAGAUCAUCGCUGGACUCAUUGGGUGUUUCACCAUAGAGAAGCUGGGCAGGAGGCCUCUCAUGAUUGGAGGCUUUGCCAUGAUGGGCAUCUGCAGUACUGGAAUCACAUUAGCCCUCCUUUUACAGGCUCACUUAUCAUUCAUGCGCUACAUCAGUGUCUGCUGUGUGGUCGGCAUCAUUGCUGGCUUCUGUAUCGGACCAGCGGGUGUCCCUUUCCUGAUUACAGCAGAGCUGUUUAAACAGUCCCACCGUCCAGCAGCUUACAUCAUAGGAGGGUCACUUAACUGGCUGUCUAAUUUCACUGUGGGCUUCGUCUUCCCAUUUUUACAGAUGUCAGCAGGGGCUUACUGCUACUUGGUUUUUGCCACCAUUUGCGUGUUUGUCGCUGUCUACGUCUAUAUCGUGAUCCCAGAGACCAAAAACAAGACCUUCAUGGAGAUCAGCCGGAUGUUCUCUAAGAAGGAGGCGGUCCUCGAGACCCAGGGUCUGAUUCAUGUUGAUCAGCUGAAGCUGAAGAAGAUGAAUGGCUACGGUGGUGUGGAACAUGCUUCACUGGAGUUUGACAGCUCUUCUUCAGUACCUUAACUGAGCUUCAGCUUCUCACUGAGAUGACAAAACCCUUGAUUACUUUGAUAUGUACCCUUUAACUAAACGACACCUAACCUGUAUUUAGAGGGUUCUAAUUUAGUGAAGCUGGACUCCCCACUUGGACCACAAUCAAGUGGAAAUAUGGUUAAAUAAACAGUGUUGUAUGCUGCCCUGGUAUUUGCAACUUCUUCUAUCAACUUAAUGCAUCUAUUUAUACCUUUUUUUUUUCUUUUUUUUAAAAAUCCAGUUUUUUGCUUCAUUGGUUCGGCCAUUUCCCACCCAAAGUACAAUGUAUGAAUCAAUGUGAUAGCUGCAAUCUGGGACAUGUUAAAAUCCCUAGAAAGAAGUAUGACAAGACAAGAAACAUAAGCAGUCAAACCACUCAGCAGGUUAAAAACAGACCUGACAAACAUAUUUGGAGAGAAAAUCCAUCACAAUUUAUAGACCCACAUCUCACUUCAUCUGUACUGUACCAACGGUAGUUUAGUUUUUCUAAAAAAGGGGGAUUGUUAGUUACAUUUCAGGUGCCAUUAUUUUCAACUUGUCUUCUAAGUAAAAUGAAUAAACUGUGAGAUAGUUUGUUUUCAUCAAGUGUCACCAUGUCACUGUUCACAGAUCUCAGUCAUAAUUAUUUUGGUGGAUACAAUGUUAUUGAAAUAGUUAGGAAUAAUUGACAAGACUACAAAAAGUUUCAUGCCAGUUUAUUAUUAUUAUUGUUGUUGUUAUUAUUAUUAUUAUUAUUGAAUAAUGGACUGUUUAGUGACGAGUAAAACCAUUUGCAAUAUAAAAACAUAUCUUCAAGCAUCAGAUGGGGAUAACCACUCAUGCUAUGUAAGCACAAUGAAGACUGGGGACAUCGUCUUUCUACAUAGCUUGCUAACAAUAUUCUUGGGGGGGAAAAAAAAGAAGAAGCAAAGGUGGCAACUGGAAUGCAUGAGACUGAAACAGCUGUAGAGGCUGCUAGAAGUUAAGGUACAGAAAUAACAAAUCUUAUAUUGACAUAUUUCUUUGAUCAUCAUUAAAAAAUGUUACAUGCUUUAA